AUGCGCGCCCUCAGCUGGGCAUCUGGUUUGGCGCUUCUCCUGCUCUGGCUGGUCGAGGCGCAGUCGCCGCCCUUCUACUAUCACAGCUGGCUAUAUGCAACGCCCUGGCGGCCCUUGGUGCCGGUGCACAGACAAGAGCUGGAUGCCCAACAGCUGAGCCUGGGCUACACGGGUCCGCAGACCUUUCCGCUUGAGGCUGGCCAGGCACAAGCGCAGACGACUGUUAGACGACCCAUUCUGCUGGGAGUUCAGCUCCGGCCGGCGGCGCAACAGUUUACGGUGCCCUUUAGACCCUCGCCCUUUGCGGGCUACAGCAACGAUGUGGAGCAAGUGGAGCAGCGAGAGCAACUGGAGCAGCGACAACAGCAGGUGGUGCAGCUGGAGCAGCUCAAUCAGCAGGCGGAGCCACCUUUCUAUGCUCCCGGCUAUCCGCAAGCAGCCGCCGUCGUUGCCUCCCCGCUCAUCGGCGUGGAUCAGGCGGAGCAGAGGCCCCCGCACUAUCUGUACAUGGCACCGUCCCAUCAAUAUAAUCUAGUUAGAAGUUAA